AUCCCGAACCCGCUAACCCCUUCUUUCCCGCUCCGGCCAAUUCCCUCACCCCGUUCCACUCCUUCAACGCCGUCGUCGCCGCCGCCGUCGAUCUCGGCGACGAUGAAGACGACGUCGUCGUCGAAGACUCCGCCUCAUCCAAAUCCACCGACUCCGUGCAAGAAUUCUCACAAGAUUCGCUCGAAACCUCCUCGUUCUCCUCCGCCUUCGACUUCGACUUCAUCUUCCUCCGCGGCCGGCUCUGCAUCUUCUCUCCCAUCAGGUCGCGGUAACCAAUCGCCGAUAUCUUCUCCAGCGCCGGGAAACCUGACGAGCCGUCUAUCACCAUCGCGCCGAUGUUCAUCACGCCGUCAAACCUCCCCGACGGCCGCUGUAUCUGGACGGCGGUGAAGGUGAAGCGCGGCGUGCCGGGAGACACAAUGUUGCUGAUCAGGAACCUCACGGUGCCGACGAGGUGGUCGCGGAAGGUCCCGACGGCGUAGAUGGCGACUGAAAUUCCAGAGGUCUCGCUAGCAACAUACUCCGGCGUGACGCGGAAGAGGAACUUGUCGUUCCAGAAUCAAGGUCUGGCAACAAUGGGAAAAGCGAAGAAGGGACCAAAAUUUGCGGUAAGGAAGAAGCUUGUUUCUUCCAAAGCAAUUAAAAACUAUAAACAAGAGGUUUUGAACCCAGAAAAGAAGAACCAUGUAAAGGAAAACUUGCCCAGAAACGUUCCACAUUAUUCUUCGGCUCUUUUCUUCCAAUACAAUACUGCGUUGGGACCCCCUUAUCGUGUUCUGGUGGAUACCAACUUCAUCAAUUUCUCUAUCCAGAAUAAGUUGGAUCUCGAGAAGGGAAUGAUGGACUGCUUAUAUGCAAAAUGCACACCUUGUAUCACAGACUGUGUAAUGGCAGAACUUGAGAAGUUAGGACAAAAGUAUCGUGUAGCUUUAAGGAUUGCAAAAGAUCCUCGAUUUGAGAGAAUACUAUGUACACACAAAGGGACCUAUGCUGAUGACUGCCUUGUUGAGAGAGUUACUCAGCAUAAAUGCUACAUUGUUGCAACAUGUGAUCGGGACUUGAAGAGAAGGAUCCGGAAGAUUCCUGGUGUGCCCAUAAUGUACAUCACCAAACACAAGUACUCAAUCGAACGGUUGCCUGAAGCAACAAUUGGUGGAGCACCAAGAAUUUGAUACAAUGACACAGCAACUGUGUAUAACUCCAUAAUGUUGACACUAUAUCCCGCUACUUGUUUGGUCCGUUUGUUUGCUGUACUAAAAUCUGAGGGAAGCUCUGAUGGAAGCUCAACGAUGAACAGGAAGCAACUCUUCCAUUUUUGAUACAUGAAAUUUCCCCGGUGUUACUUGGUCGAUUUGGAUGUUGUAAAAGUUUCUUUCCCUCUGUUGCCUCACUGAUGUACCAAGUUGAACCUUGGAGAGUAGUACCUAAACUACAAUGACAUUUUCAUAGUUCUAGUCAUAUAGAUAUCUUGAAAUGCACUUCUUUUUUUAUUUGGAACUAGUAAGGUACCCGUGCCGUUGCACGGGUCUGCACGACGAUCACUGUGAUUUUAACCAACAAUAAUUAUUAAUAUACAUAAAUUUAUUUAUUUGUAAA